AGUAUCGCUAACUGCUAAACCAUUUAGCAGAUUAAACAAUACGAUGGCUAUUAAAAAUACAAAUAAUACGAAAACAAAACGACUGAGUACUGGAUGCGACAUGAAGGGUAUAUCAUCGGCAUCGAACUCUCCGGAAAAUUAAAAAAGGAAGAAGCUUUUGACGAUAUGGGAGGAUUAACUCAAAGGCCAUGGACUCCUACGAAAAGGAGAGGUCCCAUUGCUGCCGAGUACAGUAGUCCUGGACCAGCUUGUGUUACUUUACCACCACUUAUCGGAAAAACUGUACCGGAUUCUAAACGAGGAAGAGCACCGGCAUUUUCUUUUGGCAGCAGACACACAGCUAGGAAUGAUAGCCCUGGUCCAGGACCUGGCCAAUACAACGUAUCUGGUCUCAGUGCAAAAGGUAAAGAUGCCGCACCUGCAUCAUCAUUGCAUGGCCGUACGAAAUAUUCGAAAUUUGAAAUAACGCCAGCACCAGGUGAUUACAAUCCAGAGAAAGCUGAAAAAAUUACUUUAGAUAAUUCACCGAAAUAUUCAUUUGGAACAAAAACGCGAAUUCAGAAGAUCAGUUGUACACCUGCACCGAGUGAUUAUUGUACCGAAAACGUGAAUUUCGACAAAGCCCCAGAAUACAGUUUCGGCAUAAAAUCUACUCUGGAUAAACCGAGUGACGUUCCUGCUCCUGGUGCCUAUUGCCCCGAAAAAGUAAAAUUGAACAGUGCACCUCAAUAUAGUUUUGGAUUGAGGACUCCGCUCGAUAAAUUAAAUGAUACACCAGCUCCAGGAACAUAUAGUCCAGAAAAAGUAAACUUAUCUAAAAGUCCUCGAUACAGUUUAACUGGAAAGGGUCAUGAAGAAAAACCGGUCGAUACUCCAGCACCUGAUACUUAUCGCCCUGAAAAUGUUAAGCUGGAUUUUGCUCCACAAUUUAGUUUCGGUAUUAGAAGACCGUUAGAUAAAAUUAGAGAUACACCAGCACCAGGCACGUACAGUCCAGAAAAAGUUAAUUUGGAAAAAGGUCCUCAGUAUAGUCUAACUGGCAAAGGCCCUGAUGAAAAACCUAGUGAUACUCCUGCACCAGGUACAUACUGUCCCGAAAAAGUUAAAUUAGAUCAUGCUCCUCAGUUUAGUUUUGGAAUACGGACAUCUCUUGAUAAAAUUAGUGAUACACCAGCACCUGGCACUUAUAGUCCUGAAAAGGUAAACUUGGAUAAAGGACCACAAUAUAGUUUGAGUGGGAAAGGUACUGCUGAAAAAAUUGAUGAUAUUCCAGGUAUCAUGCAUAAUUUUGCUCCCGGCACUUAUUAUCCAGAAAAAGUGAAUUUAGACAAAGCACCGCAAUAUAGUUUUGGUCUAAGAACUUCGCUAGAAAAACCGAAUAACACACCUGCUCCUGGAACUUAUGCUCCUGAGAAAGUCAACUUGAACAAAGGUCCUGAGUACAGUUUAAGCGGAAAAGGCCUAUCUGAAAAACCAAAUGAUGUUCCUGCACCAGGAGCAUACAGUCCUGAAAAAGUAAAUUUAGCCAGAGGACCACAAUUUACUAUCUCUAGAAAAGGAAUGUCUCAAAAAUUAAAUGAUAAUCCAGGCCCUGCCGAUUACCAUCCAGAGAAAGUAAAUCUUCAACAUAAACCUUAUUUCUGUUUUGGUAGUAGAACACCUUUGGAUAAACCUAAAGAUACACCAGCACCUGGAACCUAUAGCCCAGAAAAAGUUCAAUUAAAUAAAGCUCCUCAAUUUAGUUUUGGUGUAAAACCACCUCUCGAAAAGCUCAAUGAUGUACCAGCACCUGGUUCAUAUAAUCCUGAAAAGGUAAAUUUGAAUAAAUCUCCUCAAUAUAGUUUUGGAUUAAAAACUGAAGUACAUCAAACAGAUAUUAUUCCAGGACCUGGUGAAUACAGUCCAGAGAAAGCCAUGCUUUUGCUAGAAAAAGCUCUACAAUUCACUUUUGGUCUUAGAGCUCCAAUAAACAGAUUAAACGAUACUCCAGCACCUAAUGUAUAUAACAUACCUUCUGUCCUUGGUGCAACAAAAGAAGGAAAUAAGAAGACAGCACCUGCAUAUUCAAUUUCUGGUAGACAAAAGACUUUCGCAGAUGAAAGAAUUUUAGUCCCUGGUCCCGGUGCAUAUGAAAUUACAAAACCAGAUGCAGUUAGAAUCAAAAGUCCAGCUUACAGCAUAAGUGCACGAUUUGAGUUACCAAGUGAUAAUUCUAAAAUUCCUGGUCCUGGUGCACAUUGUCCAGAAAAGGUUCUUUUAGAUGUUCCUCCAGCUCAUACUUUUGGUAUUAGACAUUCACCAUAUAUUUGCAACUUGAAAGAUGUUGUUUAUUGAUUAUAAUUCAAAUGAUGCACAUAUUAUCUCAUUUUUAAACUA